UUUAAUUAAUUGUUUGAAUCUUAUUUUCAAAAUGAAAUUUCCUUAUGUCGUUAUUUUAGCAUUAAUAAUAGGGUCGACUCUAUCAGCAGCUGGAGAUCCUCAUCUUCGGAGAGCACAAGAGCUUAUUGACUGGAUUGAGGGAGAUAUGGAGGGUACCAUUGUUGUUAUGUUCUAUGAUCAAAAUUCUCCUGAAAGUAGAAUAAAGGCAAUGAGAGAGGAGAUUGAGAGAGAAAUUUUAAGGCCAAACUCAGGCUUUCAUUAUUAUGAGGUUGAUGUUGUGAUUGAAGAUUAUGCGGGUGUGAUAGAGAUGUGUGAACUUAAUCUCAAAGAAAUAAAGCAUUCUCCAACACUUAUGAUUACUAGUGAUGGAAACGGAUAUUGGGCACAUGGUCAAGGAGCUGUACAAGAAAUCAAGUAUCAACUUCCAAACUAUUCUAUUGACAUCAGACGGGAAUUAGGAUUGAUUAGAAGAUAA